AAUUUUAUUUAUAUUUUUCAGUUUGAUCCUCGCAUUAAAUCUGCAAAUAAAUGCUUUGAUGUUAAAGAGGACAGAUCAAAGUGCCCGUAUAGUGAAUGGUGAUCUGAUUACAAUUGACAAAGCUAAAUUUGUUGUGAAUCUACGUAGACACGGUCGAUUCUUUUGUGGUGGUUCUUUAGUGACACCAAAAAUUGUAAUUACUGCCGCUCAUUGUGUAUUUGAUUUAAAAGCCGCUGAAUUGUCCGUGGUAGCAGGAGCUACUUAUCUUUCAGAUGAGAAUUUUAAAAGUCCUGUCUCAGAAAUAUGUUUACCAGAAGAAUACAACUCUCGAACUUACGAAACGGAUAUAGCACUAUUGGUAUUAUCUAAACCCAUGGAAGGAGCUAAUAUUUCUACUAUAGAACUGUGUAAAACUAAAUGGAAAACUGGUGAUGAAAUGGCGGUUUAUGGUUGGGGUCGUAUUGCCGAAGACAUUAAAGGAAUCUCAAAUCAAUUAAGGACCGUAAACGUGCCAGUAAUAGAACAAAGCGAAUGCAACGAAAUGUAUAAUGGAGAAAUAACGAAAUCAAUGUUUUGUGCUGGCGAUUUGAAGGGUAAGGAUGCUUGUAAGGCGGAUUCUGGUGGACCAGCAGUAUUUAAUGGUCAAUUGUGUGGUGUGAUAUCGUGGGGUAUAGGCUGUGCUCGUACCAAUUUUCCAGGCGUUUAUACAAAUAUUAUGAUUGCUAAACAGUUUAUUGAUAAAAUUAUGAAUAAAUAUAAAAGUCAUUAAUUAAAUAUUUUAAUUUAGUAAGUUGCUUCCCAGAUUUUCAUAUUGAUUUCAUAUUUUAAAGUUUUGUAACCAAUAAUUUAUUUGAAAAAAAAAUAUCCUAAAUAAACAGUUACUUCGUGGGACUAUAUUCAAAACUAUCUAUCUUGUAUA